AUGGUGAAGCCGCUCAACAAGGAAUGGCAGUUCUUCGGGCAUAAGUACCGCGUCGCCGGCGCCAAGGGCGCGAAAGUGGACUGCAAGGCCUGCAACAAGCAGGUUUCUGCUGCCGUUAACCGCCUGCAAUCGCACAUGCGCAUAUGCCCGGCACGCUCCUCGAUGUCGACGGCUCUCCUAAAUUCGAACGGCAAAAGUGAUAGCUCUAGUAAUACAGGGCAAGUCGAGGCGAUACCCACCACGUCAGAAGUCAUUGAACAGGCUAUAGAGGCUAGUGCCUUAGCAGUCGAGCAGAUGGCGCGAACCAACACCAAUGCAGACGAAAGCAACGCCCCUUUAGCGAAAAAACAGCGCCAGUCGGCUACGAAGACGCGUGAUCGCCCACGUUGGGGUGCAUCCACUGCGAACGCUGACGAUGUGUGGCCCAAUUCGAAUCUGCAACUACCGUGUCGCUCAACGAGAAACGUCUGGAGAUCGAAGAGAAACGACUGCAGCUCGAGAUCACGCGAGACCACCGUGAAGAACGUCGAGAGCGACUGAACUUGAAGAUUUUGGAGACGCAGGCAAGAAGAGAAAAGCUGCUUGCGGAGAAGGAAGGCUACGACGCAAAGGUGCAGCUGGGACUUUCGAGACAGCAAUUACGAGACCAUGGGGUGAGCGAGGAGGAGAUCGACCGACUCCUACCCAUUUCCAGCUCCCAGCCACGCAAUGCUUAUACCACUGAAUCCUCCGACGAGAAUGAUGAUGUGGCUGACUAAUGGGAAUAAAGAUCAUGUCGGACAACGGGGUUCCAAUUAAUGAAGUAGGUUAUACCCGUAAAACGUUCUAACUUAAAUUACAGACGCCUAUGCACUAUGGGCGAAGUCACC